AUGCUGCCUGUCACACAAUUGUUCGGCUCCUCGACUGCGCUGGCCUGUUACAGUUUCUUACUUAUUUUCGUGGCCCUCAAAUUGAGGCAAUUCCUCGCUCUCAGACAUAUUCCAGGUCCCUUCCUCGCUUCGCUUACCGACUUCUGGUUUCUCUAUGUGAUGCGACUCGGUGACUACAAGAAACAGUCGCUCGAAUUGCACAACAAAUACGGCCCUCUUGUCCGAUACGGUCCAAACAGAGUGCUGUUCAGUGACGUGGAAGCCAUUUCGGUUGUCUACGGGACAAAGGCGCCUUUUCAAAAAGCCCGUUCUUACGACGUAAUCACACCGUACAUAAAUGGCAAGCUCGUUCCUUCGCUGAUAACCCUUCGGGACGAAAGAGAGGUUUCGGCCAUCAAGCGACACAUUAGCCAUGCCUUCAGCAACACGGCCAUCCUCGACUACGAGCAUCACAUUGACCACACCAUUCAGAGUCUCGUCAAAGCCCUACAGGCCAACGGUCCCGAGCUCGAUCUCUCAGAUUGGCUCGGCUAUUUCGCGUUUGACACCCUUUGUCGUAUCGGUUUCAGCGAUGACACGGAAAUGACGGCUCGCGGCGAGGAUGUCGGGAACACGUUGCUCGCCACCCGGACACGCAAUCACCACUGGGACCGCUGGCUUGCUCUCCCUGCACUCGAAAGUUUCUGGUUCAAGAAUCGCUACCUCUCAGGAGGAAUGAAAGCCGACCCCCUCACGAAUCUGGCCAAACAACGAUUCCAGGCCCGAGUCGAUCAAGGUGGAGCCGCAAGCACACAUCAUGACCUCCUCGACAGAUACUUUCAAGCUCAACAGAAGUCACCCGAGUUGUUCGACAACCGCCGCAUCGUCGCCCUCAUAGUGACCAUCAUCAACGCCGGAAGCGAAACUACCGGAAGCAGCCUCGCCGUUGCGUAUUACUACAUCCUCAAACACCCCCACGUCUAUGCGCGCAUCAAGCAGGAGAUCGACGAAGCUGGGCUUUCGUUUCCUCCACAGUUUCGCGACGUUGUCAAACUCAAAUACGUGGAAGCAUGUAUCAAGGAAUCGAUGCGCGUUCGAGCCACCAGCCAAGGUCCAAUGGAGCGUGUGGUCCCGCCCGAAGGGAUGACGAUAUCUGGGGUGUUCAUCGCCCCAGGGACUGUUGUGGCGGCCAACAAGUCUGCGUCAACGCUGGAUCCACGAAUCUACGACCCGUCAGGGAAGCAUCCCGUACACGAGUACAUUCCCGAGCGGUGGCUGGGUGUGGACCCAAGUCGGACGGCGCAGAUGGACCUCGCCAGUUUACCUUUCAGUUACGGUAAACGAACUUGUCUCGGAAUCCACCUAGCCUGGUGUGAAAUGUUGAAGUGUUUGACGGCAAUGUUCAUGAGAUUUGACGUCGACUUGAAGGACAGAAGUUUUGAGUUGGAGAUAGAGAAGGGGAUGAUUGCCCUGGUGACACCUAAAGGCUUGCCUGUCAUCAUCAAACCCAGAGCUUGA